AUGCGACGCGAAGCGGUGAACAUAUCUGCCAAACCUGGGGUAAAUGAGUUUGAGCGUGCCAAAGUGAAAGUGAGCAAGGAGCCGGGGACAUUGGUGAACCUCCCAAUGGUCCAGGAAUCACCCGUGAAGUUCGAGUUCGAGUGCGAGUAUCACUCCACCAUACGACUUCCUAGCAUCCCACCGAUGGGCGUGGAUGUGGUGAGAUUGGCCGGUGGUCGCCGUUCACAACAAACACGAGCGUUCUGA